AUGACCCACCCCUUUCCCUUCCCCGUCCUUGACCUCCGCGAACUGGACGGUGGCGAGGACGCCGCCGCCCGCUUCCGUGCUGCCCUUCUCCGAGCCACCCACGAGGUCGGCUUCUUCUACCUGGUGGGCACAGGUGUGAACCCCGACCUCGAAGCACGCCUCCUAACGGCGGCCCGCGCAUUCUUCGCCCUGCCCGACAAGGACAAGCUGGAGAUUGAGAAUGUGAAGAGCCCACAUUUCCGAGGAUACACGCGUAUUGGUGGGGAGCGGACAGAGGGCAAGGUCGACUGGCGCGAGCAGAUUGACAUCUGGAGCGAGGACGAGGCGCUCUCUCCCACCCAGCUCGAGGGGCUGCCACCAUAUUUCCGCAUGUUGGGGCCCAACUUGUGGCCGUCUGCCCUACCCGAACUCAAGGGCGUCAUCCUUGAAUGGCAGGCUGCCGUGGUGCCAGCCGCACACAAACUGCUACGAGCUUGGGCAGAAGCACUUGGCGCCCCAGCAGACUACUUUGACAAGCACUUUACCCGGCCAAGCACACGCAUGAAGGUUGUGCGGUACCCUGGUCUCCCGCCGGAUGUGGACAACCUGGGCGUCGGCGCACACAAGGACGGCGGAUGCCUCACGCUCCUCUGGGUCGAACCGGGCGCUAAGGGUUUGCAGAUACGGCCGGGGGAGGAGUGGAUAGAUGCCCUGCCUCUCGAGCACGGAUUCGUGUGCAACAUUGGCGAGAUGGUUGAACGCGCCACCGCCGGAUACCUCAAGGCGACGGUGCACCGCGUCAUCGCGCCUACGGCGCCAAACGAGCGCAUCUCCGUGCCAAUGUUCUUCAACCCCAGUCUGGACGCACGGUUCCCGAAGCUCGAAUUGCCGGAAGAACUCAAAGAGGAGGGUGCCUACGAGCAAGAUCCAAAUGACGUGAUCCACGAGGUGUACGGCGACAACCUCCUCAAGAGUAGGUUGCGCGCGCACCCAGACGUCGCGGCGAUACACCACCCCGAUCUCGUUAAGAGCGGGAUGUACUAG